AUGGCUCUCGAUUUAUGUACGCCCUCAGAGCACGAUGCAGAGAGGAUAAUUCUACCUCCGCAGGGAUUUGCCGUGACGGACGGGGGCGAAGAUGGCGCCUUCGUUCUGAACGGCCGUGCUUAUAUUGCGGACGCGGACCGGGAAAGCGCCGCUCUCGUCCUGAGUGCGUCGGACGGCGGUAGUAGCCCAAGUAGCGCGGAGGCCAGUGAGGGGAGAUCCGCGGGUUCCGCAUUCACUUCCGCCGCGCUCUCGCCUCCGCUCAGCGGUGGAGGCUCGGCGCUCUCGUUUUCGGCGCGCUUCACGUUCCAGCUGGAGGGGCAGAACGAGGCUGACGUGGCAACGGGGCUUGCGCUCGUCAUCACUGGCGGACCCAACACCGCCGUCGGCCCGCCUAGCCUUGCCGGCUAUGGCGGCGCCGCCUUCAAUGCCAGCCUGGCAGUGGUACUAAGCGGCCGCCCGCCCAUCUCUGCCGGCGUGCUGCUGGGCGGCAAGACGGGCGGCGCUGGCAGAUGGGCGGCUCUCAACCCCUCUCCCCGGGGUGCAGUAGCACGCCUGGGGGGACCACGACGCCUCCUUCCAUGCUCUCCUCAUUCCCUUCCGUCCGCUUCUGUCCGUUUUCUUCCCCUUCCCCCCCCGCCCCCCCCAGCUGCUAGUCCCGGGGGUGCAGCAGCACGCCUGGGUGGACUACGACGCCUCCCACUCCUCCCUUGUUCCCACUAUACCCAUUCCUUACCCCAUACUGUCUGUUCCUCUUCUACCCCCACUCUCUUCCCCCCUCCCCAGCUCCUGGUCCCGGGGGUGCAGCAGCACGCCUGGGUGGACUACGACGCCUCCCUCGCCUCCCUCCGCCUCUUACUCGGCGGCUCCUCCCCCACCAAGCCUGCAGCUCCGGUGCUCUCCGAGCCUGUCGACCUGGCUCGGGCGCUUGGCUUGGCACCAGAUGGCAGCUGCGCGGGCGGCGGGGGCGAGGUGGCGGUGGGCGGCGGUGGUUGUCUGUUUGUGGGGUUCACGGGAGGGACUGAAGCAACGGAUGAAGCUGAGAUGGCUGCAGCUGGGAUUGCAGAGGGAGUGGCCAGUAGAAAGAAAACAAUGCAAGUUAUAAUUCGGUCUUUCACUUUUCAAUUUCACACCACUGCUGUUGUUCCUACCUCUGAUGCUGCUGCUGCCACAGCUGAAACCACCAGCCUGGCAGGCUUGACCGAACCAACAAGCUCGAGAGCACCGAACGUGUUCCUCGCUUCGGCCAACAGCGGCAGUGCAACACUAGCUUCCUUUGGAGCCACAGACCCCUCUGCUGCUGGUGGCGGCCUCUUCUCCAUCGCCUCUCUUGAUGCUGCUUCCGGCACUGCUGCUGCCACUGCCACAGCUGCUUCUGACCCUCCCCCCUGCAACGUCACUGCCACCAGCAUUUCCUGCGUUGGCUUCUCCUCUUCCUCCUCUGCUUCUCCCGGUCUCUACUCGCCCUUCUUCGUCCUCUCUGGGGAUGCUCAGGUCGGGCCCGGACCGAACUUCCCCAUCUGGCUCGACACAACCACCAAUGCUGCUGGCUGUGCCUUCUCCAUCCCGAGCCUCAGCCUCAGCCUCGGCAGUGGUCCGGUGGCGUUUGAGGCGGCGUUUUCGUUCUCGUUUGCAGCGAGUGCGGAUUACAACAGCUGGGGCAGUCGAGGGCUGGCCUUUGUGCUCACUGCCGGGGAGAAGACCGCCUGUGGCCGCAGCUCCGCCAGCAACAUCGGGUAUGGAUCGGCCCCCAACGCGUCCUUUGCAAAGAGCAUAGCGGUGGAGCUGAGGGCUCGGCCGACGGCGUGUGUGGCGGUGGUGGUGGGCGGGCAGGUGGCCGGCGACAACUGUGCCGACUCCGAUGCGAUGGCGCUGCUGCCGCCUGAACAGGCGUUCACGCUGAACGAGCCGCAGCACAUGUGGGUGAGUUACGACGGCAGCAGCGGCGUGCUGCAGGUGUUUGUCUCCCCCGGCGCCCCCACAAAGCCCACCGCACCUGUGUUGGUUACGCCCAUCGAUGUGGCGGCGGUUCUGGGAGGCACGGCGGGGCUGUCGGUGGGCUUCACAGGCGCGUCGUGGUGGACGUGGGUGGACGACCUGGAAGACCACCUCAUCCACUCCAUGUCUUUUGAAGCUGUCACUCCCGGGUCCCAGCAGUCACUUCCGCCCUCCCCUGCGCCCACCACGUGCCACCUCGCCCCCUCCAACACGCGUCUCACCUGUUCGGGCUUUGCGGGCCGCUCAGCCUUCCGCCUAAACGGCUAUGCCCACGUGGGGCCCGCCCCCUCCUUCCCCCUCGUCCUCGACACCGGCGGCACCGCUGGCAGUGCGCUCACCCUCGCUGACCUGGCGCUCUCUCUGGAUUCGUCCACGUCAGCAGCAACAGCAGGGGGAGGAACAGGAAAAACAGCAGCAACAGCAGCAGGAAAAACAUCAGGAGAUACAGCAACAGCAGCAGUGGCGUUUGAGGCGGCAUUUGCGUUCUCGGUGUGGACGGAGACGUCGUAUGGCUACCGGGGCAGCAGGGGCCUGACGUUUGUCAUUAGCAGCGGAGACAAGACUGCGUGCGGGUCGAGCAAGAUGGGAGCCAUAGGGUACGGGGGAGCAGCGCCAGGGGCGUUCAAUGGGAGUGUGGCGGUGGAGGUGCGGUCGGGGCCCACCUCGUGUGUGGCUGUGGUGGUGAACGGAGUGGCUUCAGCUCUGAGCGAGAGGCAGCACGCAUGGGUGGCAUACGAUGGCACAUCCCAGUCGGCCUCAGAAACCACUCUGUUCCCCCCUUAUGUGUACACUGUGCGCACCAUCCUUCUCUUGCAGAAAAUAGCACUGAGCGAGAGGCAGCACGCGUGGGUGGCAUACGACAGCACAUCCCAGUCAUUGGAGGUCUAUCUGGGUGGCAGCAAUGGCUUAAAGCCCGAGGAGCCGGUGCUGCGGGCGUCGCUUGAUCUUGUGGCAGUCAUUGGUGCCACGUCAGCGUCUGUGGGAUUCACAGCUGGCACGUGGUGGUGGGGAUGUGGCGACACAGACGACCACCACCUCAUCCACUCCUUCUCCUUCAACACCGUGUCCCCUGGGUUCUUGCCAGCAGCGCAGCCAACACAGGCGCCCACCUGCGAAACCACCGCCUCCUCUCUGCACUGCACUGGGUUCGCCGGCUCCACCCCCUUUGAUCUCAACGGCUACGCCCAGCUGGGCCCGGCGCCGCACUUCCCGCUGUGGCUCGACUCGUACGAUUCUGUCGGCUCUGCGCUCUCCCUCGCGCCCCUCUCCCUCCUCACCGCCUCCGCCCGCUCCUCCGCCUUUGAAGCCGCCUUCUCCUUCACCUUCUUUGCUGAUGCGUGCGCUGCUAAUGUGAGCGUGGGCCGCGGCUUUGCCUUUGUUCUCACUAGCGGCGCUACAACUGCCCUUGGGAAGGCAAAUGCAAGCUCCGUCGGAUAUGGCUCAGCCAAUGGGACGUUCGCCAGGAGUGUGGCAGUGGAGUUCCGCCUGUGCCCUGUACCCUGUAUAGCUGUCUCCUCUAAGGGAGUUGUGGCGGGAGACGGCUGCGCUAACGCUGAGUAUGGCGUGACACUUUCAGAUCCAGAGGCCUUCCCUCUCAACACACAGCAGCACGCUUGGAUGACCUACCACGGGCCUUCCCAGACGCUCAGCGUGUUCCUCGGAGGAGCUUCCUCUGCUUCUGCCACUUAUUCUGAUUCAUCAUCAGCUUUCUCUGCCUCUGCCACUUAUUCUGAUUCGUCAUCAGCUUCCUCCACUUCCUCCACUUCCUCCUCCACGUCACCGCCGGUCAAGCCAGCUGUACCAGUGCUCACUGCCCACGUGGACAUCCCAGCCAUCCUCGGCGCCACGUCAGCAUCGGUCGGAUUCACAGCUGGCACGUGGUGGUGGCAGUGGGGGGCGAACGAGCGCCACAUCAUUCACGACCUGGCGUUCGUGGGAGCCCACACCUCGCUCCUUCUCCCUCUCCCCCCCGGCCCGGCCCUCCCUUUAAAUAGGUGCGAGCACACGUGUGUGCGAGCACACGUGUACGUGUCCAACAUGGGGGAUCGCCCCAUGGGUGUUGGAUCACCUACCCAUGACUGUCUUGCUGACCUUAUUCCCCUGAAUCACCCCCCCCUUCUUCCCCUCCCGUCUUUGCAGGUGCGGGCACACGUGUAUGUGUCCAACAUGGAGGAUCGCCCCAUGGCUGACGUGGCAGUGACGGCACGCAUCACCUACCCCAACGACACCGACGCCUCCCACUGCUUCGUCUUCAGCGACCCGCUGCUGCAGGGGAUUGACGACGUCAGCGGUGCAGGUACCAUCCUGUCAAAUGCUUUUGCCAGCAUCGAUUGGCUGUUACUGCCACUUGACUGCGCCGCCUCAGCUGCUCCCACGAACUUCCAGCUGGGCGGCACGCCAGCAGAGGCGGUGCCAGCAGCAGCGGUGGUGAAGAGGAUAGAGCUGCUGCUUACGAGUGUGCGAGUGACGGUGGCCCCUCCUCCCGAGCUGCAAGUGCAUUACUUCGUGCCCCGGCACGUGCAAGGAGACGACCUCACCACUCCUCAGGUGGAGGCACCGGUGCCAGUCACACUUGGAGCACUCUUUUACAACGCCGGCCACGGCACAGCUGCUGCUAUCACCACACAGUCACUGCUGCCCACUGCUUCCACCACCACCACCACCACUGCUGUCGGCACCACCACUGCUGCAAGGAUCACCACCGCUGCUGACGUGGGCGCUACAACCACAAGUAACGGCGGGACCACAACGGGUGACACGAGCAGUGCCGCCAUGAGUUUCAACAUCACCAAGACAGUGCUGGGCAAUGAGCCGCAGCCGACAUCCUUCUCCGUGAAGGUGGGAAGCAUCCCUCCUUCUGCUACAGCCAUGGUGCGCUGGACCAUAGAAUCCAGCCUUACAGGCACAUUCGAUACAGUCACCACCACCACCACCACCUCCUCCUCCCCGCUCACCGGCCUCUCCCCCAUUCUCGAGUCGGUUGACAUUCACAACCUCGUGCACGUCGUCUACCUACCCGACUCUGCUUCAGACGACGGGCUGCCGGAUUUCCUGGUGGACGAUGAUGGGGACGAGCAGCCGGAGGCCAUCUACAGCAGCGCUGGUAACCGCGUGCUGCCCGUAACCGCCGUGCCCUCUGCUGCUCUCACGCUCGGCCGCCCGCUCUUCACCAGCGAGACGCGCGCCAAGCUCACUGUCGCUGUAGACUGGUCUGCCCUCGCGCCAGCGGCAGCAGGGGGGUGGGCGCACAUGUCAUUUGCAUCGCAGCUGCCGUCGCACUGCUGGAAUCUCACCACCGCUGCUCUCCGAUCCAACGGCUCUCAGCUGCCCGUGCCCUUCAACACCUGGUCCUCCUUCGCCUCCUCCCCCGCUGCUCCCACUGCCACCGCUGCUGCCCCUGCCCUUUCAACCGCCUCUGCUCCUACAACUUCCCCUGCCUCCGCUCCUGCUUCCUCCCCUCCUGCUGCUUCUGCUGCUGACACCACUCACAUUCUCGACUUUGUCUCCUCUCCCUCCUACACUCUCUUCUUCUCCUACUUCGAUCAGACCCUCUCCUUCCCCCACCUCCCCCCCUGCUUCCAGGCUGUCAUGCCUCCCCCUCCCUCCCUCCCAAACCCUUCCCCUUCCCCUCCCCCUCGCCCACCCCCCCGUCCCCCUCCAAGCCCCCCACGGCCUCCCCCAAAACCCUCACCUCCCCCCCGGCCCCCCCCAAGUCCCCCCGGGCCCCCAUCUCCCCCACCCCGACCUCCCCCGAAUCCCCCCAAAGCCACCCCCUCCUCCUUCCCCUCCCCCACGCCCUCCCCCUCGCCCUACUUCCCCCCCUCCCAAGACUUCAACCACUGUUAA